CGCGGGUAUCUCGGUCGGGUGAGCAGGAAAAGUCAGGGACGCAGUUCCCAGUGUUCCAGGAUGAGUAGGAGCCCCAGCUGGUCUGAUCAGCUUUAUGCGGUUCUCAGUUCAACUGAUGAAAAUAUGGCCCGGAUUAAGCAGAGUUUAUAUCCCCUUCGAGUUUCCUCAACAGGGAACCUGGCUGACACCUGGAUUUCCCCUCAUCACUUGCCUCCUCAGCCAGGGACCCAAGCUCAACAGCCUUGGGCUCUAAAGACUCCGGUUGUUGGAGAGAGACUGAGCUGCACUGAAGGCCACAGCUCAUCUCUCUGGGAUGAAGUCACUAAACUCCAAUCCCAGCUCCAGGCUCAGGCUCAGGUGACUGAGGCCCUGAGGCAUGCUGUGCAGAGCCUGUUGAAGGAUCGGGAGCAGCAGACGUUCAAGAUCAGUGCUCUAGAAGCAUCACUAAAAUUGCUGCAGGAGGCCCCUAAAGGGAGAGCCGUCCUGGACCAACGCCUGGAAGGGCUGAGGAAGGAGCUGCAGGGCCUUCGGAGUCAGGUGCGAGAGCUAAUCCAAACCCAAAUGAAAACAAGACCAGGAAAGUUCACUACAACCCGUGGCUUUCAGCAAGAGCUGCAGACCGAGCACCAACUCUUGUGGGAAGAGUCAGAGAUUCUUCGGGAGGAACUAAAGUUGCUUCGAGACCAGCUAAGCCAACAUCAGGAGUUGCUGCUGGAACAGAUGGCAGAGGGGCGCCAGGUUCAGGCCCGCAGCUGGAAGACACUGGAACACCUACAGAGUGACCAGAAGGGCCAGGUUCAUCAUACCUUGGAGGUUACGAGGACAGAGGCCCAUGAUGCCCAGAAGGAGGAGCCCUACCUCCUCAGGACCUCUGCUCAUGCCCAGCAAUCUAAGCUGCCUCUGGCCACCAUCUUCGCCAUGUCGCUUUCUACAGCUAGCUCUGAAGUCAGUCUUCCAGACUGUGACCGUAGCUGGGAACUUUUAAAGAAACUGGAUAGGGAACUCCAGAACAACUUCCUUUCUAACCUGGAACCCAGCGGCCCUCAGUCCCAUGUUCCAAGUCUUGGGCAGCAGGAGGACCUGUUCCUUCAGGGUCCCAACAUCUUCCAGAGUGACCUGUAAGGACUUGUAAGAGAAAUAAGAAAGAUGAUGCUUCUGUCCGCAGCAGCCUUCUCAUCCCCUGGUAUGUGUCCUCUUUACUGAGGCAUCUCUCUGUCUAGCCAUUCUUACUCCCCAGCUAACUCAGAAUAAAGUGGCUUAACUCUGCCUGAUGUGUUUUCUU